GGCUGUCUCUAUCUAUCUAUCUUUCUAUAGCUUGGUUCUCACUAUGGGCUAACGAUGAGCUAACCAUAGUGCGCAUGUUGUGUUAGCCGAUUUCAAUUUUUGAGCUACAGGUACCUGAUAUGUUCAUUUCACGUUCACACAACAGCGCAUCGUUAGCUCUUUUGUAGCCGAAACUAAAACGAGAAGGAGCUAUGAAAAAGAAAGAACGAAAAAAUGUCUUGUUGUUAUUGUUACUUCGAAGAAGACGACGUAGCCUAGAAAGAAGAGCAUUAACAAAAUUGCAAAGAAGGAAAAUAUUUUGGGUCAGAGAAAUCUUUCUUAGAAGAAAAGAGCUUGGAGAAUACCAUCGUUUAUUUCAAGAACUUAAAGUUUCCGACAGAGAGUAUUUCUUUAGGUACUUGCGCAUGUCACCGGACCGAUUCGAACAUCUGUUGUCGUUGGUUGGUCCAGUAAUUCAAAGACAAGACACUCAUAUGAGAGAAUCGAUAUCAGCGGAACAGCGGCUGGUCAUUACCAUAAGGUAUCUAUCAAGUGGUGAUGCUCAGCAAUCUUUAUGCUAUUCCUUCCGUAUUAGCAAAUCAACAAUAUCAUCAAUUAUUUCGGAAACGUGUAUUGCAAUCUACGAGCAGCUCAAAAUCAAGUAUUUGAACGCUCCAAAUGCGCAGGAAGAUUGGCUAAGAAUUGCAGAUACCUUUGAAGCGAAUUGGAACAUGCCACAUGUAAUAGGAGCAAUAGAUGGGAAGCAUAUCAGGAUCCAAUGUCCAAAAUUCACAGGCACACAAUAUUAUAACUAUAAAGGUUUUUUUAGUUUAGUUUUAAUGGCAGUUUGUGAUGCCAAUUAUUGUUUCACAAUGUAUGAUGUGGGACAAUUUGGAAGCAACAAUGACAGUGUUGUACUGGCCAAUUCAGCAAUGGGAAAGGCAUUGGAAGAAGAUGCAUUGAAUGUUCCCAAGGGCACGAUUAUUAAUCAAAACACCGGAGCAGUUCCUUUUUAUCUUGUUGGAGAUGAAAUUUUUCCUCUUAAAACUUGGUUAAUGAGACCCUACCCUGGAUCUGUUCUUACCAGUGAAGAAAAGAGAAUCUUUAAUUAUCGGCUUUCCAGAGCAAGAAGGGUAAUUGAGAACGCAUUUGGCAUCCUUGGCACCAGAUGGAGAAUCUUUCACAAGCCCAUCAAAGCUACCGUUAAAAAUGUGGAAGAUUACACUCUCGCUUGCCUCAGUCUUCAUAACUAUUUGAGACAAACCGACAACGCUAUGUAUACUCCGCAGGGUUUCCUUGACUCUGAAAGCAAAGAUGAACAGAUUAAGGAGGGAGAGUGGAGUUCGAUGAGAAAAAAUCUUACAACGAUGUUUCAAAACCUAAAUCCGAUUCGCGGGUCUAGAUAUAGUAAAGAUGCCCUUCAAAUGAGGAAUACUAUUACAGAUUAUGUUAAUAGUGCUGUUGCUGCAGUCUCGUGGCAAUACGAUUAUAUAAGGAGAACAAGUCACCACUCUUUCGGUUUUUAGUUUUUAUAUAUUAUGAAAAACGGUUAUAUAUUACAUGUACACUGUUUCAUUUGAUGCCUAGUGUAAUAUUUACAAGAAAAAAUAUCUUAAUUAUGCACCAUUCGCGUGUAAAAUCCA